AUGCGCUUCCUUCUCUCCACCUCAGGGGUUCUUGAUUUCUUUUCUGGGUGACAGAGGUAGGAUGAAAGGAACCUUAUUUCCUUCUGAAAAUUUGGAUUUCUAGAUCUCUAUGUCACCCUGUUCUUGUUUGGUUUCUGAUCUCCUGUUCCUUUGGGGUUGUAUUUCAUUUGAUUUGUGUGUUUUGCUAGAGUAUGGAGAUUGAUUAUUGCAGUGUUUGAUUCGGUGUGGCUGGGGAUUCCAAAAGUACUAGUAGUAGGAAAACUGCUUGAUAGUUUGAUCGCUAGUUUUCCAUGAUGAGUAUUGAGUGUUUUGUUGGACUAAAGAAAGGAAAAAAAAUUCAUCUUUGCAACUGAUGGAGCUCCAUUCGAGGCAGUCCCCUUCCAUUUAGGAUCAGAACUCUAUAUAUCAUCAAUAAUUUUGUCAAUGAUUUGGUUUCUACCUGUAUCCGACGAGUUUGAUGCCAUCCUUCCAUCGAUGGAUCAUGGAAAUCAAUUAAUUUAUAGGAGCUGAGACCAGUUCUUUUUCAGUUGUAAUUUUGGGAUGGAUAUCAAAUAGUUGUAAUAUUUAGCAAACAACAAUGUCCAUUUCCAACAGUAGCUGACUGGGAAACCCAUUUAAAAAAAGGUGAUAUUGAUAUUUCUUAUCAUUGACCGAGCUUUUUGUACCAAGAAACAUCACAUUAGCUCAAAUUUUAGAUGAAGAUGUUCUUUCAUUUCAUGUUAUAUAUGGCAGGAGAAUGACUCUUCACUCACAACUGCUAAAUUGAAGACUUCCGUUCGUUUGAUGGGCGUAAAUUUGUCCUUGCUCUGUUGCCCAUGGGUUGAGCUCAUGGGAAGCAAGAUUUUUGCUUUGACUGAAGAGGAUGAGGAGAUGAAAGCUUUGAGCUUCAUGGAGAAAGAUGUCAAGACGAUCACAAGAUCUACUAGCUGCAAACAAAAUGGGUUGAUGAUCAAGAUCACAUCUUGUGCUUCCUUGAAAAAAUCAUUAGGCUUCAAAAAUUGGGAUCAGGACAAAGUCAAGACGGAAACUAAUAUUUCAUCCAAGAAUCAGGAUGAGGAUGAUGAUACAAAAGAACCUCCUGCAGAGGGCACUGGAAAUAUUGCAGAUCGGAAGUUGAAUCCAGCAAGUUGCCUCUUAGUUUCGCCAAGGCCCAUCAAAGAGCUUGAUGCAGCAGCUGUUAAGCUGCAAAAGGUGUACAAGAGUUACCGAACUCGAAGAAAUUUGGCAGAUUGUGCAGUAGUUGCUGAGGAAUUAUGGUGGAAGGCAUUGGAUUUUGCCUCUCUAAAACACAGCUCCAUAUCAUUUUUCAAUGGUGAAAAGCCAGAGACAGCAGCUUCGCGUUGGGCUAGGGCACGAACAAGGGCGGCCAAGAUCGAUCCCCGUCAUCGAUAUGGGCACAAUCUGCAUCUGUAUUAUGAUGUAUGGGUUAAAAGUGAGAGCAAACAACCAUUCUUCUACUGGCUGGAUGUUAGUGAUGGCAAAGAAGUGAAUCUUGUGAAGUGCCCAAGAACCAAACUUCAGCAGGAGUGCAUUAAAUAUCUUGGACCGAAAGAGCGGCAGGCUUAUGAAGUCGUUGUAGAGGAUGGAAAACUACUCUACAAGCAAAAUGGGAAAUUUGUAGACACUAAUGAAGGUUCUAAAUGGAUAUUUGUUCUCAGUACAACAAAAGCACUAUAUGUGGGGCAGAAAGAAAAGGGUUCAUUUCAGCACUCGAGUUUUCUUGCUGGUGGAGCUACUAUAGCUGCAGGAAGAUUGAUUGCCAAAGUGGGGAUUCUGAAGGCUGUUUGGCCAUACAGUGGACAUUACCUUCCGACCGAGGAAAAUUUCAAGGAAUUUGUCUGCUUUCUUCAAGAGAACAACGUAUGCCUCACUGAUGUCAAGAGACGUGCAAUCGUUGAGGAUGACUACUACCCACCACUCAAGAUGCCAAGGAUCGAUUCAUUGAUAGACAUGAACAAGGGCACAAGGGCAAGGGGUGCAGUGGAAUCUAAAACACUCGAAGCAGGUGACUCGAGUGAAACCGAGGCAGAAGAGGGUGCUCUGAAUUCCCUAAUAGAUGUGUUCAAUGAAGGCAACAAUGUCGAGACUACUGUUGGAUUGGUUGGCCACCGCCAUCGCAAGUGGACAACUGGGGCUGGGCCUCGAAUUAGGUGUGUUCGGAACUACCCCACAGAUCUCCAAUUCAAGGCACUCGAGCAAGUUAACUUGUCACCAAGAUCCAUUCCUUCCCCUAUUGUGAAUAAUGAUCCGAUACCAUCCCCCCGGCCCAACUCCGGGAUGAGGCUAUCCCCCACACUAGCAAGCAUGGCCCUCCCUGCCCCCAUCAUCUCUCUUACUCUUCCUAAACAUAGACGGUGUUGAUUGCUGUCAGUCGUCAUUCGACACCUGAUCCUAGACUGUGAGUUCUAGCACCCAGUUGGUGCACAUAUCUUACACAAGAUUGGUGCUUGAAGGUGAAUAAAGGAAAGAUACACGACAUCUGGCCAAAAAAAAUAGUUUUUGUUUUGUUUUAUUUUGUGCAUUUGUUAAUUAAUCUGACUUCAUAACCCACUUUUUCCUUCUUUUUUGAUGCCUCCAAGAUGAGGUCGAUUACUGUAUGCAGUCCAUUCUUUUUGUCCUCUUAGAUGAGGAGAUAAAGAGUCAUGUAGAGAUAUAUUUUUGCAAGGCAAAAUGAAGUCCAGAUUUUAUCUUCCA